UGGGUGUUUUUGUUUUAAUUGUUACACCAUCCCUAUCAACGUUCCGCCCAAAUCCCAAAAUCCACAUUUCUUCAUUUCCUCUCUUCUGCUUCGGUGCUUCCUCUACUUUCAAAUAUCCUAAUCCUUUGCUACUUCAAUGGCGGACUUUGAAUCCUCCGCUCCUCAACCUCCCAACUCCAAUUACCUUCUCUCACUUCCCCCUUCCCCCCCAUCUCUCGAUCCUCCUCCUCCUCCUCCUCCAAUUCGCCCCCUUUUCCCUUUCUCCAAGAGGCCCCCCAUUCGAGUCACUUCCGAAUUCGACAGUGAAUCUUCCAUUUUCUUCCACAAGGUCUCAUGCAAGCUCCUCGACAACCUCGCCAAGAUUAAGUUCUCCUUCCAAAACGACAAUAAGGGCCAAAUUACUGACUCCCAGUUGCAAUUCCGUACCAAGUACCUCUCCAUUCAUUAUGAUCCUGACGAACACAAUGCUCUCCUCCGUUCUUCUAUCGAUGUUGGCCCUAGGUUGCACUUCCGUGCUGCUCAUGAUAUUAAGGGUCAACAAGGAGAGCUUGGUGUGGUUGCUAAAAUUGCCGAUCCUGGUUACGCCUUGGAACUCUCUUCACCUGUUCCUGCCAUUGGAGCGCCAAGAGCAACUUUUAAGUUUCCCAUGGGUGAAAUUUCAUUGGAAGAAAGAGAAGAGGAGGAAGUGAACCGGGCAAUGUCAAUAAAUGGUGUUCUUAAAGGGCAAUUUCUGAAUGGCAACUGCGCUGCUCACUACAAGGAUGAAGAAUUGGAACUGAGAUACAGCUACAAGGAUGAGGCACUUUCAUUUAUUCCAAAAGUUUCUUUGCCAUCAAAUGCAUUGUCAUUUGCAUUCAAGCGUCGGUUUGGUCCUUCUGAUAAAUUAAGCUAUUGGUAUGAUUUUGAUUCUAACGACUGGAGCGCGGUGUACAAGCACACAUAUGGGAAAGAUUUGAAACUUAAAGCUGGUUACGAUACAAAGGAGAAACUCGGCUGGGCUUCUCUUUGGGUUGGAGAUGAAGGAGGGAAAGCAAAAACAGCUCCAAUGAAGAUGAAAGUACAAUUCAUGUUACAAGUUCCACAAGAUGACAUUAGGUCUGCAGCUCUAAUGUUCAGGGUCAAAAAGAGAUGGGAUAUAUGAUCCAAACUUUCUUCAUUUCUCCCUAUCUACAUCUGAAUUUUAGCUUUCUUUUAAAUACAUGUUAAAAUUUUAAAUGUUGCUGUAAACAUCUGUGGGAUGAUGGUGCUAUUAAUGAAGUUUCUUUUGUAGACAGAAA